AUGAAAGUUCUUAAUUUACUAAGACCCUUAGCAUUCUGUGCAAUAGUAAUCGGAGAGAAUUUAGGAGCAUUUAAAAUAGACUUUAAGGUUUUAAGAGGAAAUGAUAAAAGAGAUCUAUUUCUCUCUGAUGAAAGGCCAUAUAUCAUGAAGAGAGAUUCUUCAGAAAUGGAAUUACAAAACAGGCAGACAUUUUACUUGGCCAACAUAAAGAUAGGAUCUAAUGAAGAUGAAGUAGGGGUUUUAGUCGAUACAGGGUCUUCAGACUUGUGGGUUAUGUCCCAUGACUUGAAUUGCAAUAGAUCAUCAUCAUCAACUUCGACCCAAGCUUCACCUUCUUCGACUUCUACAAUGAUCGCUUCUUUCGGAUUUGAAGAAGAUAUCUUGAACUCACACAAUGAAAAAAGAGCUAUACAUGGGGUUCAGUCUUUAGAAUGGAAUGAAACUUUAGUCGAAUAUGCUGCAGACUAUGCAGCUUCUUCAUUCUCAUGUGACAACGUUACGUUAGUUCAUUCAAAUGGACCAUAUGGCGAAAACUUGGCUGCGGGUUAUUCUGGUGGUUAUGACCCAGUUGAUGCUUGGUACGACGAAAUUGAGCUAUAUGAUUUUAAUAGUCCAGGCUUCAACAAAUCUACUGGACACUUUACUCAAUUAGUCUGGAAAUCAACUAGUCAACUUGGUUGUGCCAGGGUCAUUUGCGAUAAUGCUUGGGGUCAGUAUACAAUUUGUGAAUACUCGAACACUACAGGUAAUGUAUUGGGUACCAAUUCCGAGACAGGUCUAAGUUAUUUUGCCGAAAAUGUUUUAAAACCCUUGGUAAAUUCCAUAAACUAA